UUGAAAUUUUUUAGAUUAAUAACAAAUAAGACAAAUCGUUUAGUUAAUGAAGAUAAUGUUGAUGGUGCCUAUGAACUUGAUGAAGCCACAAAUCUUUAUAAUAAUUCCAAUGAUUUUUAUGAUGAAAAUGUUAAUUCAAAUAAAAUUCUCGAUGUAAUUGAAGAAUGUUCGUGCUGUAAAUGUGCCAAAAGAUGGCAAUUAGCUAUUUUAGCAAAUCUUGGUUUUAUGAUCGUUUUUGGUAUCAGAUGUAAUUUCGGUGCAGCAAAAAAUCAUAUGGCAAGAAAUUAUACCGACCCAUGGGGAAAGUUUCAUCAAAAAGAGUUUAACUGGACAAGAACAGAACUUGGCGUUAUGGAAAGCUCAUUUUUUUAUGGUUAUUUAAUAACGCAAAUACCAGCGGGAUUUUUAGCAGCCAAAAUCGCUCCGAAUAAAUUAUUUGGCUUAGCAAUAGGACUUGCUUCAUUUUUCAAUAUUUUAUUGCCAUUCGCGUUCCGCACGAGAUCUGACACUUUUGUUGCUUUUAUACAAAUUAUUCAAGGACUUGUACAAGGUGUUUCAUAUCCUGCAAUGCAUGGUGUGUGGCGCUACUGGGCACCUCCACUUGAGCGCUCAAAACUUGCAACAACAGCGUUCACUGGUUCAUAUGCAGGUGCUGUGAUAGGUUUACCUGCCUCAGCUUGGCUUGUUAGCUAUGUUAGUUGGUCGGCACCCUUUUACUUUUAUGUUGUAUGGUCAAUAUUUUGGUUCUCAUUAACAUUCGAAAGUCCAGCAUUUCAUCCAAAAAUUUCUCAAGAAGAAAAGAAAUAUAUCGAAGAACGAAUAGGUCCAAUUUCGACCAGCUAUUUAACACUUUCUUCAAUACCAUGGAAGGAUAUUUUGACAUCAAAACCUGUUUAUGCAAUUAUUGUAGCAAAUUUCGCUCGAAGCUGGACAUUUUAUUUAUUAUUGCAAAAUCAACUAACUUAUAUGAAAGAAGCUCUUGGAAUGAAAAUUAGAGAGAGUGGUUUUAUAGCAGCAGUUCCACACGCUGUAAUGGGAAUAUUUGUUUUAAUUGGCGGACAAAUGGCCGAUUAUUUACGAUCACAUAAAAUUCUUUCGACUACAAAUGUCAGAAAACUUUUCAAUUGCGGAGGAUUUGGUGGUGAAGCAUUAUUUAUGCUGCUAGUUGCCUACUCAAAAAACGAGACAACUGCUGUUAUUGGGCUUAUAUUAGCCGUUGGUUGCAGUGGAUUUGCGAUAUCAGGUUUUAACGUCAACCACUUGGAUAUAGCGCCAAGAUAUGCAGCAAUUUUGAUGGGUUUUUCAAAUGGAAUCGGAACAUUAGCUGGUCUGACUUGUCCGUUUGUCACGGAAAAAUUAACUGCACGAGGUGCAUAUGGUUGGGAAAAAGUAUUUUUGCUCGCAAGCUUAAUUCAUUUUACUGGAAUAACAUUUUAUGCGGUAUAUGCCUCGGGUGAACUUCAAGACUGGUCAGAACCUAAGGAAGAAGAACAACAAUGGACUAACACCCUUAAUAAUUCUGGCUAUGGCACAACAAAAAAUGAAACCAUCAAAAUAGAUCCAAUACCGAAUUUAAUUCAACUUUGGAAUGGUUUGUCAUUGCUUUAA